GAGUAUAUCUCCCUGAGCACUUCUCCAACCAAUCUAUCAAACCUGAGAAACAAAAUAUAAAAAUGGCAAAAACGGGAGCCAUCAUCAUCUGUUCAUUCAUCUUGACCAUUGAUAUAGUCGCCGGAAUACUUGGAAUAGAAGCUGAGAUAGCUCAAAACAAGGGAAAACACCACAAGGCUUUUCUUAUUGAGUGCAGGCAAACAGUUCAUCAAGCUUAUAAUCUUGGCAUAGCUGCAGUAGUGCUUUUAGCUGUUGUUCAUACCAUGAUUAACAUCCUUGGUGGUUGUGUAUGUUAUUGUUCCAAAGAUAAAUUCAAAAGAGCACCAGUGGACCAGCAAAUAGCUGCAAUCACUUUCCUGAUGCUAUGGGUGACUUUUGGAGUUGGAUUCAGUUUGCUGAUGAUUGCAGCCACAGCAAAUUCAAGAUCAAAAGUUUCUUGUGGUUUGAGCAGAAGGCAUUUUCUAUCAAUUGGAGGAGUUUUGUGUUUUGUUCAUGGAUUCUUCUGUGUGAUUUAUUAUGUAUCUGUUUCUGCAAAAGGUUGGCUGGAAGAGAGCAAGAACAAAAGGGAAGUCACACCCCAAAGCUCAAUUGCAGGCUUUACAAGUCCCUAAUCUUUUUGUUUAUACAAAUGUUUUUUUAAGGGGAUUUUAUAUAAUUAUCCAUUUUUCAUUUUAUGAGGGGUUUGUAUGUAAAAAAAAGAACUUUUUAUCAAUACGAGUCUCGAGGCCUUUUUUACGGCUGUGAUCGCGCAAAUCGAAUCCACCACU